AUGGACUUGGAGGUCAGUGAACCAAUAGACUUUAGUUCUGGAGAUCAUCAGCAUCUGGUUCGGAAAGCAGCAGAUAGUAACGUCCAGAUCAAGUCUGGUCAGUCCUACACAACUUCGCCUUCUGAGCCACAAAAAACUCGCGGGAAUCCACAUUCAAAGAUGAAAGAGCGAGCGGAUAGCUAUGUGGUACAAAUUUCAGAUGAGACCACCCCAAAUGACAGCAAUAAUUUAGCCAAUCCAUUCUCAGAUUCAUCGGUCCGCAGAGCUUUCAUUAUCAAAGUGUUCCUGAUCCUGUCAGCUCAGCUGGUGGUCACUGGGGCAAUUGUCAGCCUGUUUCUUUUCUGGAAGGGUUUAAAAUCUUGGGUGCUCAAGAAUGCCUGGUUCACCUAUGCAAUCUUGCCGGCAUUUUUUGUUGUACUGAUUGUACUUGCUUGCUGCGGGAAACUCCGCCGCCAGGUGCCUGCGAAUUACAUUCUCCUGGGAUUAUUUACGGUUCUUCAAGGUCUGCUGCUCGGAGCCGUAUCAGUUUUCUAUAACGCUGAGGAAGUGUUAUGGGCAACAGCUGCAACCGCUGUGGUGACGUUAGCCCUCACUCUGUUUGCUCUUCAAACAAAAUGGGAUUUCACCAUGCUCAAUGGAAUGCUGUUUGUUUUACUCUUCGUACUUAUUAUCUAUGGAAUUCUCUUACUCUUCAUACGAUCAUAUUGGUUGCAUCUGUUGUAUGCUGGCCUUGGAACUAUAAUCUUCUCACUUUACUUGGUGAUGGAUGUACAGCUCAUGGUGGGAGGGCGCCACCAUCACUCUGAUCUGGACCCUGAAGAGUACGUUUUUGCUGCCCUGAACAUCUACUUGGAUAUCAUCAACCUCUUCCUUUUUAUUUUGCAACUGAUUGGACUGGGACGGUAGUCAGAGGGCCAAGACUGGUUCGUGUUGAAAAGAGGGAAGGAGGGAUGGCUGUGACAUGUUGCCUGGGUCAGACAUGUGGGGGUUACCUCACUUCAUUAGCCUUUUAGUACAAAAAAAUAUUU